AUGGCUGAGAAUCUCACUUGUGGUGAAACCAGCGAUUCAUGGAUCACUGACGUCCACGAUGACGUCAUCAUCUGUGGCGUUGGAUUCAUGAACCAUGAUCAACUUCUUUCUAGUAAAGACGAUAACUUUAACGGUAACGGAUCAAACCCGAUGAUGGGUUCUCCGUCGAUGAGAGAAGAGAGAGUCAGAGAGAUGUUGGAGAGAGAGGUUGAGUUCUUGCCAGGAGCUGAUUAUAUCAAGAGGCUGCGUUCUGGGGAGUGGGAGUUGCUUGUUAGGAACCAAGCUCUGGAUUGGAUUCUAAAGGUAUGUGCUCAUUACAAUUUUGGAACACUGUGCUUAUGUCUGUCCAUGAACUACUUGGAUCGGUUCUUAACUUCCUAUGAGCUGCCAAAAGACAAAACAUGGGCAGUUCAGUUGCUAGCUGUCUCUUGCUUAUCAUUAGCAGCCAAAAUGGAAGAAUCAGAUGUGCCUCAAACUGUUGAGUUACAGGUGGGUGAUCCCAAGUUUGUUUUUGAGGCCAAAACAGUUAAAAGGAUGGAGCUUUUGGUACUCAACACAUUGAAUUGGAGGUUGCAAGCUCUAACUCCAUUCUCCUUCAUUGAUCAUUUCAUUCACAAGACCAACGGUCACGUGUCAGAGAAUUUGAUCAAUAGAUCCUCACAAUUCAUCUUGAACACCACAAAGGCCAUUGAAUUCUUGGACUUCAGGCCUUCUGAGAUAGCUGCAGCAGCUGCAGUGUCUGUUUCUAUUUCAGGAGAAAUGAAGUGCAUUGAUGAUGAAAAGACAAUGUCUAAUCUCACCUAUGUAAAACAGCAGGAGAGAGUGGAUGAAUGUUUGAAUCUGAUGAGAAACCUCAUAGGAGAGGAGGUGAAGGGAUCAUUAUCGCCGCAGCAACCGAGAUUAGUGGCAAGAGUGGUACCGGUGAGUCCAGUUGGAGUGUUGGAAGCAACAUGUUUGAGCUAUAAGAGUGAUGAGAGAACAGUUGAGUCAUGUACAAAUUCCUCACAGAGUAGUCCAGACACCACCAACAACAACAAUAAUAGCAACAAGAGGAGGAGAAAACAAUGA